GUCACCCAAUAGCAGCCUCCUGCAGCCCACCAAUGGGAGGCCGGCUUUUAUCUCACUCCUCCAUGCAGGAAGUGUAGCGCAGUACACUACAGGCAGCAGCAGGGCUGGUGGUACUGGCACUGUGUAUCAGGCUCGGCUGCUGCCCUGUGUGUCGCUAUAUACGCCGGCUCCGCCAUCAGCCACCCGGCAGCCCCGUAUAUGGGGACGGGGAUAGUCAGAGACCACUGUCUGCGGCUGUACGGACUCUUCCCCAGUCAGCAGCGCUGCUCUCCCCGGCGCAGGGGUUCCCGGGCUGUAAUAUAAGGCAGGGUCUCGGCAUAGACAGGACAGCCUACAGCGGGCACCUCUGCUCACUACGAUGAAUGUGGCCGGGCUGACGCUGCUGGUGCUGGCCGCCCUUGGUGUGGCAGUGGCAGGGAAGGUGUUCCAGAGCCUGUCCCACCUGAAGCCCCAGAGCCGGGACGCGGUGCAGGCGACGGCUGCGCAGGAGCUGCUGCAGCGGCUCAUAGGGGACCGGGCUGAUGAGUUUCUGGUGACCGUGAACAGCUCCCUGUCAGGCAGCGAGGGUCUGGACACUUACCGGCUGAGUUUCGAGGGAAGAAAGGUGGCGGUGGCGGGCAGCAGCGGGGUGGCGGCGGCCGCGGGAUGCUACAGCUACCUGAGGCGCUACUGCGGCUGCCACAUCUCGUGGUCGGGAGACCAGCUGCGCGUGCCGUCGCCCCUGCCCCCCGUGCCAGCGCCCGUCACUGUGACAUCGCCCAACAGGUUCCGCUACUACCAAAACGUCUGCACCUCCAGUUAUUCAUUUGUGUGGUGGGACUGGGCUAGAUGGGAGAAAGAGAUCGACUGGAUGGCACUUAAUGGAAUUAACUUGGCGCUUGCAUUCACAGGCCAGGAGGCUGUAUGGCAACGGGUGUAUUUGUCUUUGGGAUUAAACCAAUCCGAAAUCGAUGAGUUCUUCACUGGUCCGGCUUUCUUGGCCUGGGGUCGGAUGGGGAAUCUCCACACUUGGGGCGGCCCGCUGUCCUCGCACUGGAUUCAGAAACAGCUCUCCUUACAGAACAAGAUCAUAGAAAGGAUGAGGUCUCUUGGAAUGAUGUCUGUGCUGCCGGCAUUUGCUGGACACAUACCGCAAAGUCUACUAAGGGUGUUUCCUAAAAUCAACGUGACCAGACUUGGUGGAUGGAGCAACUUCAAUUGUACAUAUUCUUGCAGCUAUCUCCUAGAUCCCGAGGAUCCCUUAUUCCACAAGAUUGGAGGGCUCUUUAUGAGUGAAAUAAUCCAGGCAUUCGGAACGGACCAUAUUUACAGUGCAGACACUUUCAAUGAGAUGAAUCCAUCCUCUUCUGACCCAGCCUACUUGUCUGCAAUCAGUAAUGCGAUCUUUAAAUCCAUGGCUGAUGUGGACCCGGGAGCUAUCUGGCUUAUGCAGGGCUGGCUAUUUGUUAAUAGUCCAUAUUUUUGGAAACCAACCCAAAUUCGAGCACUACUUCAUGGAGCACCGAUCGGUAGGAUGAUUGUCUUGGACUUAUUUGCAGAGACUGUGCCUAUUUACCAAUCAACAGAGUCUUUCUAUGGGCAGCCAUUUAUUUGGUGCAUGCUUCAUAAUUUUGGUGGCAAUCAUGGGUUAUAUGGAAAAGUUGACAGUGUGAAUACUGGGCCCUUUGAUGCCAAAUCCUUCAAAGACUCUACAAUGGUUGGAACAGGGCUAACACCAGAAGGUAUUGAACAGAAUGACAUGAUAUAUGAGCUGAUGAAUGAAAUUGGUUGGUUAUCUAAGCCCCUUAAUCUUACCAAAUGGAUCUCCAAUUAUUCCACCAGACGUUAUGGUCGAGAAAACUUAAAUGCUCAGUCUGCAUGGCAGUUGCUUCUUGGAAGUGUCUACAACUGUACCCAAUACUGGAAGGACCACAAUCACAGUCCGCUAGUUAGGCGCCCAUCUCUUAAAAUGAACACAGACAUUUGCUACAAUGAAAGCAAGCUGUAUGAGGCCUGGAUGUUUAUGUAUUCUGCAACCCCUUACCUGUCAAAUAGCAGCACAUUUCUAUAUGACCUGGUAGAUGUUACCAGAGAAGCCUUACAGCAGUUGGUAACUGAGUAUUAUAAAGAGAUCAAAAUUGCUUAUGAAAAUGAAGAUCUAGAAAAGGUUAUGACUGCAGGCGGUGUACUGGUUUAUGAUCUCCUUCCUGAACUUGAUAAUCUCCUAUCCAGCCAACCCCAGUUCUUGCUUGGCCGAUGGCUGGAAAGUGCUCGUCAAAUGGCAAUCACCAAAGAGGAGGAAUCACUGUAUGACAUGAAUGCUCGGAACCAGAUCACUUUAUGGGGUCCUACUGGCAAUAUUUUGGACUAUGCCAACAAGCAGUUUGGUGGUCUUGUACAAGAUUAUUAUAAAGAACGGUGGAGCCUCUUUCUGUGGUGCCUUAUUGAGAGCCUCAAUAUGGAAAUACCCUUCCGCCAAGACCUCUUUAAUCAGGCUGUAUUCAGUGUGGAAAAUGAGUUCAUCUACAAUGGCAAGAAAUAUAGUUCUACUCCCACUGGAGAUACUCUUGAGAUUGUCAAAAAUAUUUUUCUAAAGUAUUACCCAAAGGCAGGAAGUUUGCAUUAAAUCUCAGUAUCUUCAAGGCAAACGCAUCAUUUGUAAGAAAGGAGAGCAUGGUCUUUUUUUUUUUUUUUCUUCCCAUGUGACAUAAGUUAUUUACAUAGCACACACACAUUCCGCAGCGCUUUACAGAGAAUAAUUGUCCAUUCACAUCAGUCCAUGCCCCAAUGGUGCUUACAAUCUAUAUUCCCUACCAGAUAUACAUCCUAAGGUUAAUUUUGUUAGGAGCCAAUUAACCUACCAGUAUAUUUUUGGUUUGUGGGAGGAAACCGGAGUACCUGGAGGAAAUCCACGCAAGUACGGGGAGAAUAUACAAACUCCACACAACUUAUUUAUAGUGAACAAAAGGUAUAUGCAUACAAGCAUCUCGAUAAGCAUACUACUUUUGCAACACAAUGUGUAAGCCACACUGAUCGGUAUGAAGGCUAUAGAAUAAUGAAAGUUCUUCAUUAGUACUUGCUGGCCACAUCUCUGCUUCAUUUCUCAAAGCAUGUUUUGUAAUCCUUCUGCAUACACACAUCGCUAAAGGCUCCCACAGAACUUUGUGCUCUAUUGAAUUAGUUGUUGUGGAGACAGUCAUCAUAUAGGCUGGAUCAGUAUUCAUGAGAUACACAGCCAAUAUGUGAAUUUGAAACCAGUGAUUAAAAAAUUCAAAUACAGCCUAUCAAUUGUGUAGGAAACAGUGACCUCAUUGAGGCACUUUGAUAGGCAAGUCAUUUGAUAGGUAACUGUCUCAUGAAUUUCAUUUUAAUUUAUAAAAUGUCUUAUAAUGUACAUUUGCCAAAAUUACAAGUUUAUUUAAAGUGUUGGAUUAUUGAUGUCAGAUGCAAGUGUUCAGCGGGUCACAUAUGAUGGUGUCCUCCAGUUGCAUGCAGCACAGCUGCAAGCACUCUUGCAAAUGUAACCCUGGCAAUUAUUCCUGGCACAUUUAGUGUAUCCACUAUACAUUCUAGCAAUUUGUGCAGUGCGGUACUUGUCAGAAUAUAGUAUAUGUUAUUGCACAAUUCUUUUUUUAAUACUUUGUCCACAAAUAAGAUAUGUACUGAAAAGAUGUUUUUUUGUAAUUAGAUAAAAAAAAAAAUGGUAAGUAUUAAGGAAAUAAGGUUUUGAAUCAGAUUUUUGGUAAUAUUUCUGUGUAUCAAUAUUUACUACUAUGCAAGGAAGAGUUGAUUCUAUGUUCAUGCAUAACUCCCACUAUGCCAUAUACAGACCACUAAGCCAAAUACAGGCCACGUGCUCCAAUACACCCAGUUACAUCACAUUUAGCAAAGGCCAUGUUGUAUACUGGUGGACGCAAUCCAUUUUGGUUUUUUUACCAUUCUGUACUUUUCAGGGGGAAGGAUAUCUUGUGAAAUACAUAGAUUAUAUAAUAUCACAUCACCUUGUAAUUAAUAAAUUGCUUUUCAUAAUCUUUACAUGUAAGGUCA